GCCUGGAGGAGGACUCAAAAUGAAAUAAUUAUGUCGUAUCUAGUCCGGGAAAGGAAAUAUUUCCCUGGCACUUUGCCUUUCCAAAUCUCACACUCUUCACUUCUUCCUUUUGGUCUCAGACUCUCGCUACUCUUUUCAUCUUCUUUACUUGGAUCUGGGUAUAUCAAGUUCUCGUUCAUACAUCCUCUUCCUUUUUCUUCUCUUCGCUCGACUUUGAACGUGGCUUUAUAGGCAAGACCAUUUCACAGGUGCAUCGUCAUCAACCACGACCAGUCUUACACACAUUCGACAGUCACGAAGAAGGUUUGAGAACCACCCUCCUCGAUGCCCAGUAUAUUCUCUCGUUCUCGGACCACAUCCACACCCUAUCCUCAGCCACCCGAUUCACCUCUUGAUGCAGCAGACGAAUUUGGUAGAGUGUCCAGUCGGCAGUCGAACCAUAAAGGCUCCGGUGGGGCUGGUCUGUUCAGUGCAUCCACGAAGACAACGAAGAAAGAGAAGAAGAAGGUGGCUGCGAAGGAAGCUCAGUUGACCCGUUUACGGACCAUGAGCGGCGUUGCCUCACCUGUGCUAGGUAUGGGUAGCCCGGUCGACACGGCGGAAAUCCUCAAUGGAGAGGGAGGAGUAUUCGAGUACGCUGGCGUCUUUGUCCAAGACGGUUCCUUUUUUCCAACCAUCUUGGAGAAGCCAAUCCUUGAUUCGAGCAACGGCGCAAGUCCUGCGCUAGAUCGUUCUCUCAACUCUUCAUAUUCAUCCACAUUUUCGAGCUCCAGCUCAUCAUCUUUUUCUUCUCCAUCCAACAUCACAAUGGACUUCCCUUACCUAACUUAUCAGCGGCAUGUCAUCCUAUCCGUCGACGCCGUUUCACGGUUAGUGGAUGUGGUCUGUGAAGAACUUGGAACCCGUGGUGGUAUUACAACCCCAUUCAUUUUCUCGACAUUAGCUUUGGAUAUCAGCCCCACACCAAUACGUAGGCUCAUCGAUACAUUUUUGGCAACAUGCGCCUCUACCCAAUCAACCGGUAGAGAGAAGACAAUUGCGGAGAAGGAACUCGCCUCGCACAAAUGGCGAGAGGAAACUCGUUUUGCUGGAAUGCAUGAACUGGGCAUGACGUUGAGAUGGGCACUAGCACGAGUAGUGAGGGUUUCUGGAGGCCAGGAGUGUAGAGGGCUUUUUUCGUAUGAAUGGUAUGCGCAGUGGCGGGAUGAGGAAGAGGCACUCCUUUAUCCGCCAACCCACUUUACAGCCCUCCUACCAUCGCUCUCUACCCCGGUUCGGGAGAUCCUUCUCACUGUGCUCAGCCUUCUCGCACGUUUGACCGCAAACAGUGCUACUUCAGGGCACACACCUCCGACGCUGUCUUCGUUGUUUGGUCCUUUGCUCUUUGGUCUAGGGCCGCCCUCUCUCCCCUUCCAUCACACCUACAUCUUCUACCUUCGUUCAGUCAGCGCACUUGAGCACAUACUUCUAGCUUUCAUCCGAUGGCAAGAUACACCUCGUACCUCUGCCAACUCCCCCAACCUCUUGGGUCAGGGUAGUCAAACCACCUUGGGUGUUCCCAAGAAGUUGAAGGAAUGGAUCAAAGGAUACCCUGCUACCUUACAUCAUCUCCACCCAUCCAGUCUAUCCCGAAAACAACAGGAAGUGAGACCGGAGCCUCGGAAGGGCGCAAGGACGAUCAGGGUUCUGAGCGUGAAGAGGAAUGUAAGAAGUUACGAGAAGGAUCUGGUCAAGAAUAGUGCCAGCUGGUCAAAGAGAGCUGGGUUCCUCCAUGGACAACCUCAAGCGAGUCAAACUAGUUUGACAGGAGGUCUGGAGGCCAGCAAAGAAUGGGAAAGAGUCGCACCGUUGACUCGGAAGGGUUCAGGUGACAGGCAACCUCCUAAAUACUCUGAGGCGUAUAAGAAGCGGAUGAAUCUUCCAUCUUCUAUCAAUCCUGAUCUAGGGCUCGGCGUCAGCUCGAUCUCUCGAGAAGCGGAAUUCGUGUAUGGGCUGAGCCCGCUGUCUCUCAACAACCCCAACGGCAAUCCAGCCACCGGCACUAAGGGUUACUCGGGUGGAGGUGGUCUAGGUCUCGGAAAUUCCCCUGGGGAAGACAGAUUCAAGUCAUUGACGGAUCUCAAAUGGGGUGAAUUUGAGAGUCUAGGAUUCGGUGGAUUGGGAACAGGCGGUGCGGGAGAUAAAAAACUAGAGUUUGAUUUGACGGAGGGUGCGCGGAAUGCGCGAACAACGAAGCGUCAAACUCUAGGUUGGGAUGAUUUUUCGACCGCUGGGUUCUCCCGCAACGAUGAACCUCUCAGCACCACUCUGCAAUUCAGUUCACCGAUCAACGCCACAAUCGAAAGUUGGCCGAAGGAAAGAGAGGAGAUCGGGAAGAAACUGAAGAAACGUGAAAAGGCACUUCCUCCUUUUGGGUGGGAUACCUCCCCUGUGGUCGGUGGUGAAGAGGUCAUUGAAGAAGCGUUUGUGGACGUUUUCUGCGACCUCAUUUGGGGAAGUGGGUGGGGAGAAGGGUUGGCCGGACUGAGUGGCUUGAGAAAUGAGGGAGUCCUUACCAAAGACGGUUUGAAAAUACAGCUGGAAGAUAGAGAGUGCAAUUGGGCUCUUGUUGAAUUCAAAUCACUUCCUACCUCUCGUUCGCUUCCAGACCGGCCAUCUCAUUACCCUAAACCUGUCACCGGUGACCCUCGAACCGGCGUUACUCUCGUUCUUUUCGAAGAAUUCGUUCCACUCGAGUAUCGUCAACAACUGGCUCUCCUCGUGACUGGCAAUCGCAAGCGCCUUCCUUCGUUCUUGACGUCUCCUUCCAAGAAGAACCAAUGGAAGCCAGCUGCCACUUUGAACGGCAGGCCAUACGUGGUAGGACAUGUCCCAUCUAGUCCGAAUUACUAUCGAGAGAUGGAAUUCGAAGGUCUACUACGAGGAGAGGGGAAAGAAACGCGAGUGCUCAGUUUGAGCACAAGUGUCAAGCUACCUGCUCCCAAGGUUAUACGACCACCAGAAAACCCGCCUCCACUUCCCCCUCAACAGCACCAGCAAUCGCCACUACCGGCGCCUCCUCCGGAGAGGACGACAGCAGCCAGCGAAGAAUUGCACUCCGAUUCCACCUUACAAUCUGUUUCUAACAUAUCUCAAAACAAGAGAAAGUUCAAGCUUCCCGUGUCACCAGCUGUUGGCGUACGAAGUAAAUCGUCGGGCUUGCCUCCAGCAGAGUAUUCGUCUGUGGAUUUUGAGACUCGUCUGAGAGGGUACAGCGAUGAUAGCAACAGCGUGGACGGCUCCUCCCUCGAUGAAUAUGGAGGCCCAGACGAAAAUGAGGAGAAGAAGAAAAAACGAGAGAGGAGAACAAGUAGGCGGCCACCCGAAGAAGCCUGGGUUGACAUUCUAGUUGGCACACAGGAAAGAAGGAUGGCUGGUCAGGACGCGGCCAUGCGUUCCAGGGACCCGGAGGCGGCAAGUUUGGAAGUGCAGCAAGCUCUGGCGGCGGUUCAAAAUCAUCGGAGAGAGUUCAGUCCUUCGGAUGAUGAAGACGAUACGGCGGAGAAGGAGAAAGAGAUGAAGAAAAUCUUGCAUGAACAUCGUCCGUAUGGAGACUUGGAUGAAGAUGAAGACUUGGAUGAGAUUGAGACUGUACCCAGGAGAGAGCGCACUAUACGGGAUAGUUAUGCCUCCACAGCGGAUUAUACAGAUGAUUCUUAUCUGGAGCACAACGGGGAACCCAAUGAUGAAGAAUGCGACGAAGAAGAGCCGAAAUCAACAUCUCCGAAAAAGAAGUUAGGCUACUUCGAUCUUCAUCCCGACCGAAGACCCCCGUCGGUGGUGGACGACGAUCCGAGAACCAUGGCAAUGCAGAAGUACGACGAGAGUGACGAGGAGGAUGGGGGUGGCGGAUCAUCAUACGCUACGCCUGUUACUGCUACGCCUGCAUUGGCCACUGCAGCCACCACACCUCAUGGUCAUGUACGCCCAUUGCCGAUCGUUCCGGCACCUCAAACGACUACCUCAGACGAGGCGAAGCCUUCAUCGAUUUCUCAAGCCACGCUGAAACCUCUCCCAAGCAAAACUGCUGCGUUGAUAGAAAUGUAUCGAGAGAAGGAAAAAGUUUCACCUACACCCGGAGCUGGUGGUGCACCCAACGUGCCCACACCUUCGACGUCUUCGAAGAUACCUGUUAGAACAGGAGCAGGAAGGUCAGAGUUACCUAUACCUCCUGCUGUUUCUCCACCCUCACCACCGCAGCAAAACAACAACCCUCAGACUCUUGUAGAACCUCCAAAGUUGACAGAGGACGCUGGACGGGCAAGUCCGGGUCGAUACAUCCAUGGCGCGCCUUUACAUAAUGUCUUGGAGGAAGAAGAAGAGUAACAAUUAAGUCUUUUGGUGUGAUCUUUGGUUUUCCUCUGUUUCCGUCAAUAUAUGUUAUUUGGUCCCCUUCCUUAUUAUUCUCUAUGCACGUUUCCCCCCCUUUCCACCUCUCUUCCCUUAACGUCUUUUCAUACUCUUUACACAGCAUUAUUUUUGUUUCCACUGGUGUGGGAUAUGCGCGUGGUUGUUGCCCUUCCACCAUCCUUACCAUCUCCUCCAACUCACUCAAUAGGCGACCUAUAAGUAUACCCUUCGCCUCUCGCCUGUCGUUUCUCGAAUCCACAAUCAACCUACAUUAAUUCCUUCAUUCCUUUCGAUAUAAGUUUUUCUUUCCCAUACGUUGCUAUAGUCUUUGCUGGAAAGAGCGCUGGUGCUAUUGGAUAGAAUACAUGUUGUUUUCGGAGUUCCUCUGUAGUUAUACCUCUUGAGAUGGGGGGUUACAUUUUGAAUGCGGCAAUACACUCGUACACGUUCCCUACCCGG